AUGCCACCAUAUCUGUUAGCGACGUGGCAGAAUGAGUUAUCCAAACAUCUUCGGAGCAGCUCAUACAACUGGCGAGUCCACCACGGCGCAACGAGGAUAAAAGACAUAACACAGGUAAAUUCCGUCGAUAUAGUACUGACUACGUACCCUAUCCUUGCGAAUGAAUCGGCGAAAGACCCUUCCGGCGUCUUAUUCUCCUGCAAGUGGCACCGUGUCGUUUUGGACGAAGCCCACGGCAUAAAAAGUCUAACGACGAAAACAGCUAAAGCUGCAUAUAGACUUAAAGCUGAUCGACGAUGGGUUGUUACUGGUACGCCUAUACAGAAUCAUGUAUCUGAGCUUGGGAGCCUGCUUUCGUUUCUUGGCGUUUUCCCAUAUUCCGAUCCGGAAACAUUCAAAGAACAAAUCAUUCGCCCCUGGAAGGCGGGAAAGACUGAACUGGUGUUCGAACGACUGAAAUGCCUUUUGAACUUCGUGAUGUUGCGCAGGAGCCAGGAUCUCAUUUCUCUUCCCCAACGAACCGAUCUGAAGAUCUUUCUCAAAUUGGGGGAAAGCGAAAGGCGUACUUACGAUGAGAUAAAAGGCCAAGUGCUAAGGUGCAUCGACGACCUCGUAUUCGACACAAUGACCCGUGAGGAAAAAAUGAAUGCACUGCAGAAGAUCAAUUCGCUACGUCUUAUUUGCACUGUGGGAGUGUCGGGCUCCCACAAGACAUCGAGUCUCGCCCUUGCUGACUUCUCGACUGAUACUACAUGGGAUGAAAAUGCGGCGCUAGGAGGCCUGCGAAGGCUCCCGUUACUAGGGGUCCCGGUAGCAUGUCAGAUUUGCGAUGAUCUCCUGGACAUCUCUGACGAAUCGGCUUCAGUCUACUUGACUGAGUGUCUUCAAGUUUGUUGUCUAUGUUGCUACGACAAUUUACGAUCUAAUUUUAGCCUUACUUCUGUUUCCCACUGUGAGUGCUUCUCACCGUGCCCUACAAUCAAGGUGCCUCUCAACAGGAUAUCCUCGCCACCCAUUGAAGAUAUCCGUUAUGGUCAAAACUUCCGGUUUCCAACCAAGAUUCACAGCCUACUCAGUGAUCUAAAGGAAAAUGGUAGAAAUGUGAAAAGCCUCGUGUUCUCCUAUUGGAAAUCAACACUUGACUUAGCGAACUCAGCUCUUGAUCAAUCGGGAAUAAGGUGUAUCCAAGUCGACGGGAGAACAAAAGCAAAGGAUCGCAGUGCCAAAUUUAAGCAAUUCACAGAGCGAGAAGAUAUAAGUGUACUUCUAUUAUCUCUCUCAUGCGGAUCAACAGGUCUAACACUUACCGCGGCAUCGCGGGCGUAUCUCAUGGAGCCGCAAUGGAACCCGUCGAUUGAAGAGCAAGCACUCGCUAGAAUAUACAGAAUUGGCCAAACUAAAGAGGUUGAGAAUAUCCGAUUCAUCAUGGAGGACACUAUUGAAAAAUAUGUCGAAAAUGUUCAAGACAACAAGAAAGAUCUCGUCACAUUGCUACUAUCUGGAUCUUCUCAGAGUAUCACAGAGCAAAGACUGCAGGAACUUAGAAACGCUCUCUAG